AUGCGUAUAGCUCAGAUGGCAUCUCACAUCACUCAAAAUAAUGCCCCAAAGGCCUCUUCCUAUGCCAGCACAUCUCUAGCAGAUCUUCCCAAAUCAUGGACAUUUACCUCGUCACUUCCUCCCGAUCCUCUCUUCCCAACACCUGCCGCAUCGCACAAAACACCCCGCGCUGAAAUUGGACCUCGGCAGGUCAAAGGGGCAUUAUUUACAUGGGUUCGACCUGAAAAUGCGAUAGAUCCGGAACUUCUCGCUGUAAGUCCUACUGCGAUGAAAGACUUGGGAAUUAAGGAGGGAGAGGAAUCAACAGAGGAAUUCAAACAAACCGUUGCUGGCAACAAAUUAUGGGGUUGGGAUGAAGAGAAACUAGAGGGUGGAUAUACAUGGGCACAAUGUUAUGGUGGGUGGCAAUUCGGAUCUUGGGCUGGUCAACUUGGUGAUGGACGAGCCAUAUCUCUAUUUGAGACCACGAAUUCAACUACCAAUGUCCGAUACGAGUUACAAUUGAAGGGUGCGGGAAUAACGCCAUAUUCGCGAUUUGCGGAUGGGAAGGCCGUGUUGAGAUCAAGUAUAAGGGAAUUCAUUGUAUCUGAGGCUUUAAAUGGGUUAAAGAUACCUACUACUAGAGCGCUAUCUUUGACCCUUUUACCCCAUUCGAAGGUUAGAAGAGAAGCAAUAGAACCUGGGGCGAUUGUGGCAAGAUUUGCCGAGUCUUGGUUACGCAUUGGAACAUUUGAUAUACUACGAGCUCGUGGGGAUAGGGCCUUGAUCAGGCAGCUUAGUACAUAUAUCGCGGAGAAUGUAUUUCAGGGCUGGGAGUCACUACCAGCGAGGAAUCCCGCAGAUGAUGGAAAAGUGCAAACCAUCGAAAGAGGAAUUUCUAAAUUCACAAUUGAAGGUCCUACAGGUCUUGAAGAAAACCGAUUUACUCGUCUAUAUCGAGAAAUUGUGCGACGCAAUGCAAAGACGGUUGCAGCAUGGCAAGCAUAUGCCUUCACAAAUGGUGUACUCAAUACGGACAAUACAUCCAUCUUUGGCUUAUCCAUAGACUUUGGACCAUUUGCGUUCCUCGACAACUUCGAUCCCAACUACACACCCAACCAUGAUGACUAUAUGCUACGAUACUCCUACCGCAAUCAACCAACCAUAAUCUGGUGGAAUUUGGUCCGUCUCGGAGAAUCCCUCGGUGAGCUCAUGGGAGCCGGUGGUGAUGUUGAUGCCGAAGAAUUUAUCGAAAAAGGUGUCCGCCAGGAAGCCGCCGACGAACUUGUCGCUCGUGCAGAAGCCCUCAUUACCCGCAUUGGCGAAGAAUACAGAGCCACUUUCCUAGCGGAAUACAAGCGUCUCAUGACAGCGCGUCUUGGACUUAAAACCUUCAAAGAAUCAGAUUUUGAAACCUUAUUCAGUGAACUCCUCGAUACAAUGGAAAGUCUAGAAUUAGAUUUCAACCAAUUUUUCCGUAAACUCUCCUCCAUCCCUAUUUCCUCCCUCGCCACCAGCACCUCGCGAAAGGAAAUCUCUACCAAAUUCUUCCACCAUGAAGGCGUAACCGGUCUAAACAAUACCCUCCAAUCAGCCACCACUCGUCUGAGCAACUGGCUCGAUAAUUGGCAAGCGAGAAUAUACGAAGAUUGGGGCCCAGAUGGGGAUGAUGAAAAUCGCAUGCUGGAAAUGAAGAAAGUAAAUCCAAAAUUUAUACCUAAAGGAUGGGUAUUGGAUGAGAUUAUCAAGAGGGUUGAGAAGGGGGGCGAGAGAGAUGUUUUGAAUAGAGUCAUGAAGAUGGUGAGUGAUCCUUUUAGAGAGAGUUGGGAUGGGGAUCAAGAGGAAGAGGAGAGGUGGUGUGGAGAUGUUCCAAGGCCGGGUAGGGCUAUGCAGUGUAGUUGUUCUUCUUGA